CUUCGUGAAAACGGGUAACAAAUUUUCAUCAAAUUUCUCGUGUUGCUGCGUGAAAACGAUCGACCGCGGGUGAAACAGUCCAGAAAACACACGCAGGAAUCCGCGGCGAUGUCGUCCGCUUAAGUUGAAGGUGAAAAUCUUGCCUCUGGUUGCCGAAAAACGGAACGACGCGGUCUCGGUAAUUCGUUGCACAAAGGCUUGUUUACGGUUCUCGUUGGUAAAAAUGCCGCCAAAGGUGGGCGAUCCUAUCCAGCUAAACAAUCGGACCUGCCGCCUAUGCCUGGAUAACUGCCAGGAGCUUCUACCGUUGGAGCGUGCUCUCAACCAAGAACAGCUGCAGAACGUCAUCGCCAAGUUUCUAGAGAUCGACUUGAAGGAAAACUCCCCGUUUUGCAAUGCUUGCCAGCGUUGCGUGGACGAGGUGCGUCGGAUAGAGUACUGGAGGGCAUUCUUUAUGGACAAGAAUCGCAUGUUCGAUGUUCUUUGGACGCAACACAAACGAUUUCAAGGCAACAGAAAGCCGAAGCUCUACAGUGAGGCGAUCGUCCGGGACAAAAGAGUGAUCGCCGAUGGCUACAUCAUCGAUCACAUCGUGUUGGAGCAGAACGAGCUGUACCUUGAUCCGAUGGACGAGUUCGUAAAGGAUGAAGAAGAUGAUGAUCAGCUAGAGAUUUUGGACGAAGUCAAACAAGAAGCUACUGGACAGGAAUCUUCACCAGUGACCGAGGAGCUGGUGUAUGAGGAGGUGGCCGUGGAGGUCGAAGACAUCGAAGAUGAUGGAAUGGUGCUCAUGGCGGAGGAAAAGCAUCAACAAGCAGAUGACACCGACGAAGUAGGCAUGGUGAUAGAGGAAGCGGACGAAAUUCUCCUGGAGGGCGAAGAGGAGGAGAUACUCGAUGAGCACAUAGACGAGCUGCAGAUAGCGAGAGAAGAUUCGAUGGCAGAGGAAACCGGCGAGGAUGUUUGCCAAAACGAACCGGACAGUGAACCGAUUGAGGAGAGUGGCAAAAUCGAGGUUCUGGAACUGAAUGGUGGAGUGUACGAUAGCACACUUCACUGUUGUUACCUCUGCACGCAGGAGUUUGACGACGCGGACCAGCUUGAUCAACACUUCCAAGAGGGACACCAGGAUACUUUACCGUAUCACUGCGACAAGUGCCUGUCCUAUUUCUCCCCGAUGGAAGCCGUGAACCAACAUCUUGUCACGCAUGUGUACCCGUACGUGUGUCUCUAUUGUCGGCAGCAGUACAGUCACGAGGUACUCCUGGUGGAACACAACAAAACGUGCCAUGCGUAUCGCUGUCCGCACUGUUCGGCAGAGUUUGAGAUCAUGGCCCAGCUGAAUGCCCACAAGAAAGAACACACCGCCAUACUACGGCAGUCGAAUCGAUGCAAAACCUGUGGUCGAACGUUCACGCAGCAAGGCAAUCUGUUACGGCACGUGCGGCUACGGUCCUGCGUGAAACCGGCACCGAAAAUGGCAAAAUCGAAAACGAGCAACCAGAAAGCCACCGCAGAACCUCAGAAAGCGCUGCGUGGUUCUAACAAGCGGCAAUUGCCGGCUGAUGGAGAUGCAUCGGAGUAUAGCGACGACGUACGCUCGAAGAAUCUGGUCGUGUGCCAGGUGUGUAGCCUUCGGUUCGAGAGCAACAGCAAUCUAGCGCGUCACAUCGAUCGUGAGCACGCAGAGUUCAAAAUUCCGCUCUACAGCUGCGACGUUUGUCCCAAAAAGUUUACGGUUUUCGAAAAGUGUGUCCGCCACCGGGCAUUCCAUCGGCAUUCGAAGCCAAAGGAGAAACCGGUGAAAAAGGAGGAUUCCGAUCGGAACUGUAAACUGUGUGGCAAAGAGUUCCGCAUCGAGUUCCAGCUGUUGCGCCAUCUGGCCGAUGAGCACAUGCUGGCGUUGCAACUGUUCGAGUGUGAUCAGUGCGAUCGCAAGUUUUCCACCGAAACCAAGCUACGCAAGCAUCUGUACAAUAGCCAUCGCGAGAACAAAACACUGUACGUUUGCUCGCACUGCGGGCAGAAGUUCGAGAAGAAGCUCACUCUGAAGGACCACGAGACGAAGCAUCUGGGCGAACCGGCGUACCGGUGUGAUAUCUGCACCAAAACCUUCAUCCACAAGCACAGCCUCGAUCGGCAUGCGCUCGUGCACAGCGAUGCGAAGAUGUUCGAGUGUGAGUUUUGUUUGAAGCGCUUCAAACGCAACACUACGCUGGUAAUACACCGCAGGAUACAUACCGGUGAAAAGCCCUACUCCUGCGAUGCGUGUGAUCUUCGUUUCAUCGAUUCCAGCACACUCAUCAAGCACCGGCAGCGAUCGCAUUCCAAAAACGCAUGAGAACACACCCGGAGGCUGCCUUACGAAGAAUCAGGCAAUUUUUGUAUUUUCAUUUCUGCCUCCAGUUAAGCUAUAAUUCGUCCCUUUUUUUCGCCGUAACAGAUAAAUUUUGUCACAAAGCUUUUCUUUUUCACGACAUUAGAAAUACCGUUGGAGUCUAGGCAUAAAAUUAACUUUCAAUAAAACUGAAAAUAAUAUUUACAAUCCGUGUUAAUUUAAAAGGAUUAGAAUAAUCGAUUUGAUUUCCUUCUGAUGCGUUCGGUUAUUGCCUGAUGAUAACAAUAAAUGAAGUGGGAACAGAAGUACUGCUCAAUUUCGUGCGAGGGA